GGGAGAGGAGGCAUGGAGCGGGGGGACCGAUUAAACGGUUGGUGGUGGCUUGUGAUGGAACAUGGCUUGACUCCGACAAUGGCAUGAUCAACGGCCAAAUCGCCGUCCCUAGCAACGUUACCCGCCUCUCCCGCGCCAUCAAAUCCGAAUCUUUCGACGGCAUUCAGCAAGUCGUCUACUACCACGCCGGGGUUGGCACCUCAGGUUCUAUCCUCAACCGCAUCGCCGUCGGCGCCACCGGCGAGGGUAUCGAGUCCGACGUCCGCGAAGGCUACUCGUUCAUCUGCAACAACUGGGCACCCGGCGACGAGAUCUUCCUAAUGGGUUUCUCCCGCGGCGCGUUCACCGCACGCAGCAUCGCCGGACUGGUCGGAGAGAUCGGUGUGCUGACGAAGAAAGGGCUGCAUGAGUUGGUCGAGAUCUAUCACGACGUCACGCAUCGGAGGGAUCGGAGAUAUCGGCCGAGGAAUCCGGAUCGGCCGUUUCCGAAUAAGCCAAGUGCGAGUGAUCCGAUGUAUCGGAUCGAGUUGGAGAGGCGCGGACUCACCACUUUAGAUGUCUCUGUCAAGGCGAUUGCUGUUUGGGAUACGGUCGGUUCACUCGGCGCUCCUCGCGUCCCCAUCCUAACGCGCUUGGGGAUUCAGACCGAGGAAUCCAAAGAUAUGCAAUUCCACGACACCAAGCUUUCUAUUGGCGUGGAAAAUGCCUUUCAAGCGCUUGCCCUGGAUGAGCGACGGGGCAUGUUUUCUCCCGCGGUGUGGGAAAAGCCUAGGGGAAACAACACCACGCUUCGCCAGGUCUGGUUUCCCGGCGUCCAUUCCAGCGUCGGCGGUGGGCAGGACGAUAUGAAUCUGUCGAAUAUAUCGCUGGCGUGGAUGAUGGCGCAAUUGGAGCCGUUUAUAGACAUGGAUACGGAUUACGUGCUUCGACAGGAAGAUAUGAAUAUCCGAUGGUAUAAAGAGGGGAGGAUGAGAGUGCGGCCGUGGUCGUUCGGUCAUUUCCCCGAAUCCAUGCGAGGUGUCUAUUCCAUAGCCGGUGGCACAACCCGUACGCCAGGCCGCUACUACGCCAUCGAUCCACCCACCGGGGAAGAAUCCGACCGCCCGCUCCGCGAUACCUGCGAGUACGUCCACCCAUCCGUCCGCACACGGAUCCGGCUCCGCGGCCCAGGAAGAGAUGACCGCGGACCGUACGAACCCGAGGCCUUGGACGACUGGAAACUCAUGAUCGAGUACCCGCCCGAGGAUCCCGAAGGAAGGCACUCGAAGCCCCGAGUCUUCUGGAGAGCCAGGUUUAGAGAGGAGGCGGUUAGCACAAGGGUGCUGCCGGAGGCGCCGCUUUGGGGUGUGGAGAAGCAGUUGUUAGCACUGGAUCCGGAGACGGAGGAAUAUGUGUAUCGACCACCACCAUCUAGAAGAAGGGAUAGGGGAUAAAGGGGUAAUAUGACUACGGCAUUGGUCAAAGUGGCCGCAGGAUAAAGGUGUUAUACCAAGUGCCAUACCAGACCUUUUAACAAUGAUACUAUAUUUCACUGAACACCACCUCAUUCCCCG